AUGAAGGAGAAGAUUGGUGUCGGUAUUGCCAUGAGUAUGGGACUAUUCGCUGGCGGGACCUCGAUUGUCAAGUGCACGACGAUUCCCACCCUGCUCUCCGGGGACUUCACCUAUGACGGCAGCGAUCUUGUCAUAUGGGGGACUGUGGAAUCAGGUGUAACUAUCAUGGCGGCCUCAAUACCUGUUCUACGUGUCCUCAUCCGCGAUGUGGCAAGUACUGCUCGCAAGUACUACGGCAACUCAGCCACCCGUACCAACGGAUCCCGAUUCGGUGGCGGCCUCACACGGACCAACACAGUAACAGUAACAACUUCGACAACACGCAAGGGUUCUAUCAGGAGGAAAUGGGACAAGCUCGCCGAUGAUAGGAGCGAUAAAAGCAUACUUGGGGUCGAGCCGGAACCGGGGUUUGGCAAGAUCGUCAGGACAAAUGAAAUCGUUGUGCAGUAUGAUACGAGAAGUGACGUUGAAGGGCAUAAUGGGAGCUAUGAGAUGGAUCAGAUGGAUCGUAUGAACCGCAUGGUAUAA